UUUUAAGGUUGUAUGUCAGCUCCUCAAAGACAUUUGCCUCGGUGGAGAAAUCCAUGAGUCCUCUGCAGUGGUGUAGACACGUCUUGGAUAAUCCGACUCCUGAAAUGGAAGCAGCAAGACGCUCCCUGUGCUUUAGGCUUGAGCAAGGUUGUACUUCCAGGGGCUCCCCUCUCAGUCCCCAGUCCUCUAUAGACAGUGAGCUGAGUACGUCAGAGUUGGAAGAUGAUUCCAUCUCCAUGGGAUAUAAAUUACAAGAUCUCACUGAUGUUCAAAUCAUGGCUCGGCUACAGGAAGAAAGUCUCAGGCAAGAUUAUGCUUCUACUUCAGCGUCUGUGUCAAGACAUAGCUCCAGCGUGUCACUGAAUUCAGGAAAAAAAGGGACGUGUAGUGAUCAAGAGUAUGAUCGGUACAGUCUGGAGGAUGAAGAGGAAUUUGACCAUCUGCCACCACCUCAGCCUCGUCUUCCAAGAUGCUCACCUUUCCAAAGAGGAAUUCCUCACUCACAGACUUUCUCUAGCAUCCGGGAGUGUAGGAGGAGCCCCAGUUCCCAGUAUUAUCCUUCCAGCAGUUACCAGCAGCAGCAGCAGUAUUACUCACCCCAAGCCCAAACUCCAGAUCAGCAACCAAACAGGACAAAUGCAGAUAAACUCCGAAGAAGUAUGCCUAAUCUAGCCCGGAUGCCAACUACAGCUACUGUCAGUAACAGCGUUAGUUCCCCAGUCACUGUGCGGAACAGUCAGAGUUUCGACUCCAGUUUGCAUGGAGCUGGAAAUGGAAUUUCAAGAAUACAAUCUUGUAUUCCGUCACCAGGACAGCUUCAACACAGAGUCCACAGCGUGGGACAUUUCCCAGUGUCUGUCCGACAGCCUCUUAAAGCUACAGCCUAUGUGAGUCCAACCGUUCAAGGCAGCAGCAACAUGCCCUUGUCCAACGGCUUACAGUUAUAUUCCAACACCGGAAUCCCCACACCAAACAAAACUGCAGCUUCUGGGAUAAUGGGCCGCAGCGCACUUCCAAGACCUUCACUGGCAAUAAACGGGAGCAACCUGCCUCGAAGCAAAAUUGCACAGCCUGUUAGAAGUUUCCUUCAGCCUCCAAAGCCCCUGUCUUCGCUCAGCACUCUGAGGGAUGGAAACUGGAGAGAUGGUUGCUACUGAUGCAGUUUUUGUGGACCCUUGAAGAACGGGGAGGAAAUGAAAAUGAGGGUUGUGUUACCUAGCUGGCUGGGUAACAGUGGUUGUUGGGAUAUUCUUUCCCUUUUUGCAUUUUAACGUAUUACUGCAUUGUUUUUCAAUGGACCAAGCACCAGAGACUAAUGUUGCACUUAAAUAUUUGCCUGAGAUACUGCAACAUUCUCAAAUUCCCAGUUGCAGUAUGGUGACACUUAGAUCUAGGAAGUUUUUGUAGAACUGCUAUGUACCUGAAUACUUUUUGAGAGAAUUAAGACGUAUCAAUAAUGCUUUGCCAUAUGAGUUUUCUAAAGUACCUUGUUCCAUUUACUUACGUGUUCUAAACAUCUUUCCAUUACAUGUUCUUUAAUGUAUUUUAAUACAUUGCAUAUUUACAAGUAGGUUCUAUAACUUAUGUUUUGAAAUUUAAUUUUUUUAUAGUUUACAGGAAUUUUAUUUUUUUGCACCUAUUUUCUUUUUACACUUAACGUGAACCACUAUGGAACAACUUAAAAUUUUGUGCCAUAAAAAUAUUUUUGUGGUAAGGUACUAUUUUUUUAGCUCUAGGGGUAUAUCAGCAAAAGUACACCAUACAAUUUGAGAGACAUAAUUUUAUGUUAAAUGAGCACAAAAUAUUCUGAAGCAUUGAAAGGAGAUAGCCAGGCAGCAGAGUUAAAAAGACUUGUCUUUUUCCCUUUUAUUUCCCAUUGUUAAUUUAUUGUCACAACAUGAGUUUUAUGUUUAUAAUGACAUCACAAGCUCAUUGCACUUAAAACUUGCAAUGUUUGCUAUUAUACUACGAUUGGUUUUUCAAUACUUUAUUACAAAGGAUGAAACUGUAAUGUUUUCUUAACAUUGCUUCUGGAAAUGGAUGCAUUUUAAAGCAAAUAAAUCUUUUUGAUAGACCUUUUACAAAACCCAUUUGCACUAAUGAAUGCUUUCUUAUGGUAUAUGACUUAAUAUUUGUUACUGUGUACACUGCUGUUUUGGAAUGUUCAGAAAUAAAGACUCUAUUUCAGCAA